AUGUCAGAUCCAGUUGCGGAAUUUUUGGCACGUGAGCAAAAUGUUCUAGCUGGUAUACAAGACGAUUCGCUAGGAACCAGUCCUCCUCCGUACGUCAAUAGUAAUGAUGCAGUUGAUAACGGAAAUGAUACUGCUUGUGUAAACGAAACCCGUUUAUUAAGCGGGACUAGUGAUUCCGGUUUGGAUCUUCCAACACUAGCAAAUGGUGUGCGGCGUUUAAGCACGACUCCAUCACCUUCUCUUGCAGCGAUGAAUAAUGUGUCGAAACCAGAACCGGAGAAAAUAAAGAAAUGGCGAGAAGAACAGAAAAUAAUGUUAGAGAAGAAAGAUAAAAAUGAAGAGAGAAAGAAGGAGGAAAUGAGAGCUGCUGGUAAAAAAGAAUUAGAAGAAUGGUAUGCGCAAAGGGCAGAAAGACUUGCAAAAACCAGGGCAGUCAAUCGGAAAGCCGAAGAAGAUUUCAUUUCUGAUCGUGAGGCUUUCAAAGAUGGAGCCGAAUGGGAACGUAUUGCAAAAUUAUGCGAAUUCAGUGGUAAAAAUUCGAAAACAUCAAGUGAUUUAUCACGAUUAAGGACUCUUCUUCUUAAACUUAAAACGCAGAAGGAAUAA